AUGUCGAAACAAACCAGCUCUCCAAAUUCUUCAUUUGAGCAUUUGGAUCUUCUUUCAUUCUUGAAAUCUGGGCGAACCACGCCGUUCCAUAUAUUCAUCGAUUUCGUCAUCCCGCAGUUUCUAGGCCAAUUAUCCAAGAGAAAGCAACACCUUAAUUCUACCCAAAAGGAGGACAAUGGUCUACAAGAAAGGUUUGACAAAAUCGAGAAGAAACUCAGUGACAUGGAAAAUGCCUGUGGGGCACUAAAGGAAUGGGAAGACAAAGUCAACAAAGAGUUCAAAGAUUUGAUUCUCAAAAAUUUGGACGAUGCCUUCAAAGAAAGAACAGAAGCACCAAAAAAUUGCGGAGGAAUCGAAAUCCUAGAAGAAAGGCUUGAAGGAGCCUGGAAUGUUGUCUCAAGGUUAACCAACGGAUUCUCUUCAGGUAAUUUGGAGUCUAGAAGCGUCAAACCUUCCCGCUUCGCUAAGAAGUUAAAGCUAGACUUCCGAAAUAUGAUCGCUGAGAGCUCGAUUCUCAAGGAGAUUCAGGUGGUCUACGAUGGUCUAAAAGAUGAAUCGAAGCAGAGCUGUUUGCUCUGUUUCUCAGUGUUCCCUCAGAACGUGGUCAUUAAGAGGAAAGCAUUGGUCCACUGGUGGGUCGGCGAGAAGUUAUUAUCCUCCCAGACUUGUGGAGAUAAGACUGCCGAGGAGAAGGGAAACAAUUUGUUCGCAGAAUUUAUCGCCAAAGGCAUCAUUGAGAGCGUUUCCAAAAAGCGCAGACCAAGCUCAGAACUUUGCAAAAUGCACCCGUUAAUUCGGUACGCUGUGAUUCAGCUUGCGGAAACAAACAACUUCAUUCGCUUUCACCCAAAUGGAAAUCCAACUGCAGAUUUCUCUGACAAGAAGAAUAAGAGGGGUUUUCUAGUAACAACUGAAGAAGGAUCGUCGGAACUUCGGGAGUUGACUUAUGGCUUCCGUCUGAAGCAGGAGAAUGUUGGAACUCUGUUUAAUGUAAAUGAGCCUUAUGUUGAUUUAAGAGAGCACAGUCUGUCAGAGAUGACGAAUAUGAGAGUUCUUCAAUUGGGUAGAUUUCAGGACCAGGUUAAGCAGGCUGACGCUGUUGAAGUAUUUGAUACCGAGUUCUUGAAAGGUUUGAAGAAAAUGAAACAUCUUAGAUACUUGAGCCUCAGGGGAAUCACUAGAGUUAGGGAGCUUCCAGAUUCAAUUUGCAAACUCCCCAAGCUAAUCAUCGUGGACCUCCAUGGCUGUCAAUAUUUAGAGAAACUUCCAGAAGGGAUAGGCUCACUGACAAACCUGACACGGUUAGACAUGUCUGGGUGUAACUUCAUUAGCCACAUGCCAGCUGGACUUGCCAAGCUCUCAAAACUCCAAGUCCUUCAUGGGUUUUUGAUUGGUAAACCACCCAAACAAAAGAAGAUUUCCGGGGAAACUUCAGGGCACGACGGCGAGAAGGUCUGCAAGCUGAAAGAUUUGGCAAAUCUGGAAAGUUUGAAGAAGUUGAGCAUAAAUGUAGACGCAAGGUAUAAGACUGAUCAGGACGUAGCGGAGCAGCUGAUUGAUUUAUCAAAAUUUAAAAACCUCGUGUCAUUAUCGGUAGCAUGGCCAGAGAAAGAGCAGAGGAUCGAACAGGGAAAUUCAACCAACACAACUACGGUAUCUUCAUCGUCUGCUUCUUCUUUAGCGAAACUGGAGCUCCGGUAUCUCCCUUAUUCUGAGAUGCCUCAUUGGGUAAAGUGCUUAAACCUGAAGAACCUGAAGAAGCUGUAUGUAAGGGGAGGAAAGCUAUCGCAAGUACAGCACCCAGUGGGUUGCGAGAAAUGGAAGGUUAGCAUUCUACGGUUGGAGUUGUUGAGUGAAUUGCAGAUGGAUUGGCGGCAACUGCGAGCACUGUUUCCACAGUUGAGGUACGUGCAGAAAGUCAAAUGUCCUAAACUCAUUUUGUUCCCCUGUGACGAUAAUGGAGAGUGGGUGAGCGGGGAAUCAGAUACAGCAGAAAUGUCAGAAGAAAAACUAGACUCUUUUUCAAGUCCUCCUAAUUAUAAAUGUGAUUUUGAUUAUCUCAAAUUCAUUUGUAAUUUUAAAAAUUACAUUCCAUUUAGGAGGACACAAUGA